GUGUGGAACAUGUCAGCGUCCGCCUGGACCUGGAGGGCGAGUUCCACUUCACCCACCUCAUCAUGAAGUUUAAGGUGGGUCCUGGCACACUNNNNGUGGAGCGCUCGGCCGACUUUGGGCGCAGCUGGAAAGUCUACCGCUACUUUGCCUACAACUGCUCCAAGCUCUUCCCCGGAGUCCCCAACCAGCCCUCGGGAAUGGUGGACGAGGUGCUGUGCGACCAGCGCUAUUCUGAGAUCGAGCCCUCCAGCCAUGGGGAGGUCAUCUUCAAGGUGCUGGAUCCCUCCAUCCCUGUGGCAGAUCCCUACAGCCCAGACAUCCAAG